CUUGUACGCGACAGCUUGGAAUUGUCGACAGUUACAGAUGGGUCGGAAUGACCCGCACUGACUCGCUAUAAUUUCCCGCAAUAUGCAAUGUGCUGGGCACCACAACACCACCACCGACAGCAGAGAUCUCCUUGACUUUUACAGGUUGAUGAUUCCGUGCAGUCACAGCCCUGUGUGCUUGCCAACACAAUAUCUUUAUCAUUGCAACAGCUGGAUUUGCUCUCACAUGUUCAGAGAAGCAUAUGUAUAAGCAGGUCCAGUUGAAAGUAGUGUCAUUUUUUAGCAUUCAUCUCAUGACAGCAUUGCUGGUAGAGAUGGCAAAAGCCAUGGUCCUCCAAGGCCUGCUUCCAGCUCUCUUUCUUCUGGCGUUCUCAACACUGAGCUCAGCAGUGCCAGUUAGAACGGCAAGACAGGUGCCAAGUAACCUUGGAAUCGAGGACACCAACCUGGGCGACUUGCUCAACGCGGCCUCGUCAACCACAGAUGAAGCAAGCCUGGUUAAUACCUUGGUUGAUAGCCUUGCCGGGAACCAAAACCCCGUUUCAGCCGUAGAUGAUAUAUCCAAGUUGAUUCAGAUGUCAGCCACAACUCCGGUUGCGGCAAGCUUGUUAAAGGCGCUAACCGUUGAUACGAUUCCUGAAGAAGAACUUCCGAAAGCAAACACCGGCCAGUAUACUUUGAAUUUAAACAACAUUCCGGAUGCUGGCGAGGGCGAGACACAGGCCGAAGAGACUGAAGCCCAAGAACAAAGCAAAUUGGCGGCGAAAGUAAAAGCGGCACAAGCAAUCAUACAGGCCGUGGAAAUCCUUGGGAAGAACAAGGUUGCUGGAGAAGAGCCUUCGGUUGGGAGGACGAAUGGGUUUUCUUUCGAUUUAUCGAAAACGAAGAAUACGGUUUUGGGAGAGAAAAAGAUGGAUGGCCAAGAGCUAGGUACAUUUGCACUUCCGGUCGGGUCAGAUUUGGUUUCCUACAACCAACUCCCCAAGUUAUCAACUAUAAAGACCACUGCGACAAAUAUCUACAGUCACCCGGUUUCGGGAGAGACAAAGUUGGAUGGCCCAGACCUAGAAGCAUUACCAGACGUGUCAGAUUUGGUUUCCAUUCAAGAUAUCCCCAAGUUGGUAACUACAGAGACCAUUGGGACAAAUGCCUACCAGAAUGACGUUGCCGUCGGGACAGAUGAUGAAGCCCAGACACCAAAUAAAAUUCAGUUGAUGGGUUCGCCAGCGCAGAUAAAGAUAACGCCAUCAGAAUUGGAACAUCUUCGUCGUUCUGCUAGUCCGUUGCAUGGUGUGCUACGUUUGCUUCAACAGCGCCUCAAUGACCAGCAAAGCAAGCAACAACAACAGAUACAGCAACGACGCCAUGCUAGUCGAGCCAGGCUGCAACACCUGUUCCAGCAACGACGGUCUGCAGUUCAAGCUAAGUUGAAGCAAAAGCAGCAGCAGCGUCGACAUGCCGCAUUGAAACUAUUGGCUGCUGCUGCCUUGCUUCACAGUAGAGCUCGCUCAAACGAAUAAUGAUAAUACACUAGACAGGCUCUGGCAGACCACUGUUGCACUGUACUCCACUGGAACGUAUAAGCACUAUCUAAAGUCAACUUUCCUAGAUUUCACCAUGUAUGUUUUCUGCUAGCAGAAGUCACUGUUCCUGUCUAACUCUUCCCCCUCUCUAUCUCUAUCUAUCUAUCUAUCUCUCUUUCUCCCUCUCUCUCUCUCUCUCUCUCUCUCUCUCUCUCUCUCUCUCUCUCUCUCUCUCUCUCUCUCUCUCUCUCUCUCUCUCUCUCUCUCUCUCUCUCUCUCUCUCUCUCUCUCUCUCUCUCUCUCUCUCUCUCUCUCUCUGCCUCUCUAUUUCUCUCGUUCUCUCUCUCUCUCGUAAUUAAGUGCUUAGCGAUAAUGUUCUGAGUAAACAUGUGCUGUGUAAAACUUUCUUUCUUUCCCUUACUUCCUUUAUCACUCUCAAUUAAGCGCUUAGCUGUACUGUUCUGAGGACAGACAGUUAGUUCAUGGAUAUGCUGCGCAAUCAUCAGGUGCCUAAUGUCAUAGUAUUAGUAGCAUUGGCUGACACUCAUUGUACGAAUCGCAAGAACAGAGACCAAACAUUAACAGUUACAUGCUUGCAAUUUCUGCUGCACUUACUCGCUCAGGCUACUGCACUUACUCUUUUUCCUACUGCCGUCAGGUCGAUCUCUAUAACCCCUCAGUGCCUGCCACACUGUUACAGUCCCGUACUGAUUUCCCGCAGCUGUGCCAGAUUGUUAUAGGUCUUUGUGGUCCACUUCACAACAAUAACACACACAGAA